AUGUGUGUUUGCUUACCUCUUUUAAUCUUUGUUCGUUUCAGUCUGAACUCAGCGUUUGCGCCCGUCGCAGUUCUGCCAUCCUCGGAAUGGGACAGAAGAGCAAGAAAGGCGUUAUGGCUCUGUGACCAGUCGUGGAUCGCCGUAAGGAAUGGCAGCACCGGCAACCUGGAGCAGGCCGCACAGAUGGCCGUGGAUGCCUGGGGAGGCACUCUUAUGCGUGGCCACGACUGCUGCGUGAUGUUGGCACCACCCUACUGCUACACAAUGAAGACUGAUGUCUUUGACUUUGCGAUUCCGGUGCUGCUCUCACUGUUUGCAAUGCUGUUCGCAGCUGUUGCAUCCAAGUCUUGCGCUCUUUGGGUUCGCCAACUUGGGCGGAAAGCUCCUGAAGAGCAGUUUCAUGGCAAAGAGCCACAACAAGGGCAGCCACAAAGUGCUGUCGACCUCGAGCAGAAGCUCCUAGCAAUUUGGGACCAGUCCUGUCUUGGCGGCAAGGGCGACCCACAAAAAGCUUUGCCCCGAUCUCGGGAGUGGGGCCGUGCAGCGGCAAACUUCUUCGCUACGAUGAAGCUUGCCUUUGACUUUCAGGCGGACAGCGUCUGCAACCAGUUCGAGCACUUGAUUUCCCUCUGGAG